AGAUUAAUUUUUCGAACGCUACAAACUCUCAACUCGACAUAGAUACCACCUUGUACGAGCAGUUUGAGGCCCUCCCGCGACUCUUUCCAGACAUGGACAAUUCCAGUAGGGCCAACUCGACGUUCAACAGGAACAUCGUGUGCAGUAAUUGGCUGUUGGGGUCAUGCAAGGACGAACAGUGCAAAUUUCUCCACCAUUACGUCGUGACCAAAAUACCAAGGUGUUAUUAUUACUUGCGGUUCAAAGCCUGUAUCAUAAAGGAAUGCCCCUUUCUGCACACCGAUUCCGCAAUCGAAAUCAAAGACUGUCCUUUCUACGGUCGAGGAUUUUGUAGGCGCGGACCUCUAUGUCUUCAAAGGCACGAAAGAAGAGUUAUGUGCUCAAAUUACCUAGCAGGCUUUUGCCAGAAAGGUGGUACCUGCAAAGACGAGCACCCACGUUUCAGGUAUCGGCCACGAGUCAGCCGAAAGAAGAUUAUUUGCCAUUACUGCGGCAAGCAGGGCCACACGGUAUAUUUCUGCAAUAGAAUGCGGUGCAACAACCGUGCGAUGGACAAUCUGGUUCAGCUGCCCAGGAAGAACAAGUGCUGGAAGUGUGGCUCACAGGGGCACUACGCCAACAACUGCCUCAGAAGGCACUUGGCGCUUGGCUCAGCAGCAGAAGGGGUAGCUGAACCAGAAAAAUCUGAUUCCUGA